AAAUCCCUUCUUUCGUAUUACUCCAUUAAUAUUAUUAUUAAUAAUAAUACCACAUUUCCACACCCUCCCCCCCCUUAAUUAUUAAGUCUUGACCUUCCCCAUUGUUUUCAUGAAUAAAAUAUAUUCCAUCCCACACUCCUCGCAAUUAUAUCACACUCACUAGCUCGCCAUUAAUUUUCUAAAUAAAAAAAAAAAAACACAUUCAACCAAAAUGACUCGGCUUUUCCGAUCCAAAUCUUGCGGACUCGUCGGACUCACCGAGUCCAACUCUGCCCCCCCUCCAUCUCCCUUCUUUCACCGAAACGGCACUGAAGACGGAGAAGAGGACGAGGACGAGGAUGAUGAAGAAGAAUUAUAUAGUGAUGCUUCUGGAAACCCGAUAUCAACGCCGUUUAUUGGGUCGAGAGAAGGAACGGGAGGGAGUGAGAGAGGUCGAAACGGAAAUAGCAAUAAAGAGUUCGCAAUUCUGGAUGUUUUGGUAACGGCGUUAAGGAAGUCGUUGGUGACAUGCAGCGUGGAAAGAGAGGAUGUUUCUUCCAUGGAUAUAAGCUGGCCUACUGAAGUUAGGCACGUGUCUCACGUGACUUUUGAUAGGUUUAAUGGUUUCCUUGGUUUGCCUACUGAGUUUGAGCCUGAGGUUCCUUGCAAGGUCCCUAGCGCCAGUCCUGCUUCUUGGAUUAGUCAGCAGUGGAUAUCUUCUUGGCUUACACGAUACAUCGAUCCUCUGUUUUCCAGUGCAAAUGUAUUUGGAGUUUCUGCCAAGUCGAUGCAAUGUUCUCAUGAUGACAAAGGGAACAGUGUGCCGACUAUUCUUCUAAUGAUGCAAAAGCGUUUAUAUAUAGAAGGAGGACUUAAGGCAGAAGGGAUUUUCCGAAUAAAUGCUGAGAAUGAUCGGGAGGAGUAUGUCAGAAACCAGCUAAACAAAGGUGUAGUGCCUCGUGGAAUUGAAGUCCAUUGCUUGGCAGGUUUAAUAAAGGCAUGGUUUAGAGAACUACCCUCUGGGGUGCUCGAUUCUAUCACACCAGAACAGGUAAUGCACUGCAACACCGAAGAUGACUGCACUCAACUUGUGAAGCAACUUCCUCUGACAGAAGCUGCACUACUUGAUUGGGCAAUCAAUUUGAUGGCAGAUGUCGUGGAGCAUGAACAAUAUAACAAGAUGAAUGCACGCAACAUUGCUAUGGUUUUUGCACCCAACAUGACGCAGAUGGCUGAUCCUUUGACCGCAUUGAUUCAUGCCGUGCAAGUAAUGAACUUGCUCAAGACAUUGAUCUUAAAAACACUCCGGGAAAGAGAGGAAUCCAGUACAAAGCUUAGGUUGCCCUCGACAUGCUCAGAUUCCCCAGGCGACAAGAGUGAACCGGCCUGUCAUUCAAACUUAAACAGCAAAGAAUUCUGUAAAAUAUCACUCAACGCUGGUGCACCUGAGAUACCUUCCACUGGUAAGUUUUUGAGGUCUGCCACUAUGAAUAGAUUAGAAUCCAACACUGAGGAAAAAUAUUGGAGAUUUCAGAAGAAAGGUGAUGGAGAAGAGGAAUUUAAGCCUGUUUCAAGUAGCAGCCCCCCUUUCCGUGAAAUGGGCACCCUAGACAGUGGAUGCAAAGGUGAAUAUGAUAGUGGAGAUUGGCUAAGUUUUAGAAAAGGGGUGAGGAGGCUAUGUAUACACCCUGUAUUUCAGUUGAGUAAACCAGUUAAGAAGACUCGUGGUAUUGGAAUUGUAAAUACUAGGGGAAGAGGCGGAGAAGCUUGGGCGUGAUUUAUCAGUUGUGUCCCGGCUUGUACCAUAUAAAUGUUGAGUUCAUGGUUGCUUGUCUAAAGAUUGUUGUGGAAUAGAUGUCACUGUUUGCUUAAUUCUGUAGUCAGAUAAAAAAAAAAUCUCUAAUUUGUAGGAAGGCCCUAACUGCAGCUUUAGCUAUAUGAACAAUAACUCUUGAGAGAUGACCCUCA